AUGAGGGGACUGUGCACUGUGGCGUCACCCUCUCUUCCCGAACCUCAAUCCUUGAUGUUUUCCAGGAACUGCCCAUUUUCCUGUCUACCAAUCAAAACAGGCUCAGUGUGUGGGAUGGCCCAACUUGCUAUACUAAAAAGAGACCAAACCAGAAUUAAUCAGGAGCAGCUCACACAGCAAGAAAAAAACAACAUGAAAAACCCAAUGUAUGAAAUACCAUUCCUGUUGCUGGAAAAGUUGCUUCUGCUCGCCAACUUGAAAGUUCUUCAGACAAAUCCCAGUGGAGAGAAGGAGAAGGAAAAAAACCACAUUUCCUGUUAUGACUCUUCCUAUUUCAGACCAGGAGAUUUGCUAGAGGUGCCUCGCACUCUUUUCAUUCAUUUUGGCAUCUAUCUGGGAGAUAACCAAGUGGCGCAUCUUAUGCCGGACAUGCUGCCUGCUUUCACGAAUGACCGGAAGUUGAUCCAGAAAGUAGUGACUAAUAAGAGACUUAUCUUGGGGGUCAUCACAAAAAUGGCAAGGAUCCGUGUGGACACAGUGGAGGACUUUGCGUAUGGAGGCUCCAUCCUGGUGAACAGGAUGGAUUCCUUUUUCAAAAACGGGAUCCUUGGUAAUGACGAAGUGGUCCAGAGAGCAAAAAGGCUGGUAGGCACAACUGAAUACAGCUUACUCUGGAACAACUGUGAACAUUUUGUGACCUUCUGCAGGUAUGACUCUCCGGUCAGCUUCCAAACAACCAAGUUCUGUGAAACCGUGAAGACCAUCAUCCGAGACCAGAGGAGUGUCCUUGUUUCGGCCCUGCUGGGACUGAUUUCUAUACUUUAUUUGGGCCUGGGACCUUCGACUACUCUUCCUUCUAUCAUCAUUCCAUUUAUGCUGUGGAUGGCUGGUUAAUGAUUCCACAUGCCCUACCAUCUAUUGGCAACUAGAUGACCCACGGCCUAUUGAGUCCUCUUUUCAGAGCUAUUUCCUUCGCUAAACAAAAGAAACCGACUGACCAGGGAUGGGGAAACAAGCCAUGAAAGCAAAAGAUAUUUCUGGCUUCCUACUGGUUUCCUGAUUGCCUUUGCUUGUGGGAAGCUGGCAGGAAGUGUCAGAAAUCACAAUCACAUGAUCUCAGCUGACCACGGCAGCACUGCAACAAUCACAAGGUGAUGAAUACAACCGAAGACCCUUAAAAUUUCAAUUCCAUGGGAGCAAAUGGAUUUUCCGCACAUAUUUCAAAUUAGAAAAGUUGAAGUAAGUUGCUUCAGAAACGGUUGCUUCCAAACUUGUUGCUCUGUGAUGCAACAUUUUGGUCAAUUGAAGGUUACAAAUAGACAGAACAGGAAAAUAGUUAUCUAGAUUGUAAAUAGGAUGUAUCAUGUAUUUAUGAAAGCUCAAAUUGAUAAUAUUAUACAGUGAAGAAAAUGUGGAAUGAGUAACAUGCAGCAUAUAGAAUACAAUGAACAAGCAGUAACGUGUAAAUUAAGCUUACUGGGUUUUGUGAAAAAAUUUCCACCCAAUUUCAGGGAUGACCAUAUUGGGUUUAUUCCCAAGGAAAAAUGUCUAAUCUGCAGUUUUACACUCAGCAAUACAUUUUGGGGAACUUAAUGAGUGUGAUCUCCCAAGUAAAUAUGCAUUAUUUUCAAGUGAAUAAGUAAAAUUAUCAAUGGCAUUUUCUUGCAUAUGGGAAUGUUUUAGUAUUGAUAGGGCAAAGCAAAUGUUUAGAUAGUUUAAAAACUGCUAUUCUGCUUUGGAUCUUUUUCUAAUUUCCCUAGGUUUACAUUCAUUAACUGUAUUUUUAUUUAAAUGAUGUAACUGCAUUUGAGCAUUCUGCUUGGACUUGAGAUGAACAAAAUAUUUGCACCAGAAUUGUCUCUGCUAUUCCCUUCUGAUGAAAUCCAACAUAAAUCAGUCAACUGAGCUUCUGCAACCUCAAGAUAAGUGACAAGCAAAUGAGUGAGAAAGACAUGUGCAACUAUCUUCUUUUGGAUUUUUCCUCCCAUACUAUAGACGAAUAAUUUUCAACCAUGGAAAAGGAUGCACAGACAUUACUGCGUGUUUGUUAGAGCUGACAUUAAAUAGGACAAAAAAACUUAUCCGAGUUUGAGGGAUUAUGUUAAAAAGACAUCAGGUUAUUGAUUACUUCCCGAAAUAAAUAUCUAGCUUGAUAAGACCAAAUGUUGCUGGUUUUUUUGUUGUUUAGAAUACUACAGCACACUUCCUCCGAGUUUGCAAGUUGCAUAUCUGCCAUCAUGGCAACAAGCAUUAAUCUAAGUCCAACUAACAUUCAUUUAGUCAGGCUGUACUUGUAUUAAUGUAUCUCUCUUUCAGAUUUACAAUUUCCUUUGCUCUCUGAUUUGAGACAUUUCUAACUGUAUUGGGACACCAGACAUGUAAUAAUUUAAUGAUAUUCUAUAAGAUAGAGGUAUUUUACAUUUCAGUAAAAUGAGUUAA